UUGCGUUUGUAAUAGCGUCAAGACGUUUACUUCAAUGAAUGUCGGUGUAAAACAUCCAUUUUGUGUUAUAGAUUGAAAUAAAAGUGAUUGUUUAUGUAAAUAUAAGCUACAGUAAUGGUUUAGUCAUUUAUUUCUUCGAAACUAUACGAAAAGUGGAAAAAGUUGACUUUUUUUUAACUUAUAACUGAGCCAUGGGCAUUCCAAAUUGGUAAAAGUGCAGUGCAUAACUUAUGGUUGAGCUUCUUUAAAGUAGAGUUAGUCCUUACUGGCUUUCUUUGAGAUCGAAUUAUGCUAUUUGUCGCGUUAUUUAUCGAAAAUGGUUAUUGUUAUUGCAUCUCAUAACCUCAAUCGAAAAUCUUUGUGAAUACGUAAACUGUUUAACAAACCGUUGAGAAGGAAGUUGAAUUCAGAGAGUUAGUUUAUUUACCUGUUAUAUAUGAUUCAACGGGAAUAUCAAAUGAACAACGGGUUUAGUACAGGAGAAGAAGAUUCCAGAGGUAAUUCUGAUCAAAUAUGUUGCCUUGUGGAUGACAGUGACCGAUGUAGGCGACUUGCUGGCAACGCGUCAUACAGCAAGCGAAUACAAAAGACUGUAGCCCUAAAGAGGCUCAAACUAAAUAUCGAUCAUCAGGCUAGGCACACAUACAUCUGUGAUUAUCAUAAAACAAUGAUUCAGUGUGCUCGUACCAAGCAGAGAAGGAACAAAGACUCGGAGGAUGACAGUAAUGAAGCAGAAAUAGAUUCUCCUGAGGUAGACUGGUUUCAAUUACAAGUGAAUACAUUAAGGAGGUACAAGAAGCAUUACAAGGUGCCCACAAGGCCAGGACUUAAUAAGUCUCAAUUAGCUGAUGUAAUACAAAAGCACUUCAAGUCUCUGCCAGUUAAUGAAAAGGAGAUCAUAACAUAUUUCAUUUAUAUGGUGAAAACUAAUGGUAAUAAAUUAGAUCACAAAAAUGGAAUGAAUUGUGACUCUGUGUAAAUUCAAGUGAUUAUUUAUGAACUUUUAGACUAAAUUUAGUUAUUAGAUUAGAUAAUUUCUCUUCCUUAAUUUCCAAUCUUCAUUUAAUUAUUUCUAUAAAAUUGUACAUAUAUUAUAUAAUUAUUAUGAAUAAUUCUUAUGAACUUAAUAAUUUUAAGUGUCCUUGAAGUGAAGCAUAAUGACUUGUUUUGUUUAUCAAAUGUACUCAUUCAUGUGGUCUCAUAAUAUUUAUUCAGUGUAGAAAAGAUUUUCUACUUUAUAUUAAAAUACAAUGAUUGAUAAUUGAAAAAGGGAAAUGCAAUGCUAAUAUUAAUGUAAGUAUUGUUAAAGAGAUUUAAUAACAUUUAAUUGUAUAAACUAUUUUGAUUUAAUCAUCCUCUUCUGAAGAUAUCUCUAUCCAUGCUGAUUUUUCUGCCUUGACUUUGAGUUCAGCUGUCUUGGGUAAUGUUGGGACAACUGUAAAAAAAUAUUUGGUACAACUGUAAUUUUCAAUAAAAAAAUAGAUUAUAUGAGAAUGAAAAAUUAGAAGAUGUUAAUGUACUUCAAUAGCUGCUUUAAAUAGUUUUAUCAUUUUCAUUUUGUAAUGUUUUCAAUUGUAAAUAAAAUACUAUUUAUAUGAAUAAUGAUUGUUGGUAAGUUACAAUAAAACCCAAACUAAGAGGUUAUACAAAAUUAUAGACAUCUAGUCUAUAUAUCAUAGCAGGAUAUGAUCCUUAAUUGACUGUAUUAGAUUAAAAUAAAAGUUACAAGUAUGAAUAUAUACUGGGAAAUAUUAAACAAAAGAUAUAGCUAAAUGCAUUAUUGUUAUGCACGCAUAUAAUUUGGAACUACUUUGGAAUUUGGAAAAAAAUAUUUACCAUCAUAUUUGCUAGGUUCAACUAUUUGAACAUCAUCAUCCAUUUCCACAUCACUCUCUGGGUUGAUAUCAUUAGCAUUAUAAUUCUUAAGGCAAAUGCUCAGAUCCUUUUUGAUUAGCGAUUGCUUGUGUUCAGUUGUUAUAAUAUCUGCAUAAUUAAUCUUGACUCUCUUUAAUCUGAGAACAUUAUAUAUUAUGGGUCUCAUUUAAAUUGCAGGGUUAAUAUAUUUUAAGUUAUUGAUAACCAGGAUUAAAUUUAAUUUAAUUAAAAAAUUAUAAGGUGUCAA